GCCGCCAACCACAAAGCCGAAACAUCAACAUCAACAACAAUAACAACAACAUCACCAGGGACAACCACAGCGGCAACCACAGCGGCAAGCACUAACAAGCGAAAGAAGGACGGAAUGUCGGACUCAACGAGCUCAACAACACAGAGAAUCCCUGACUUUGAAUUGGCCGAUGCGGCUUUCAUCUUGACGAAACCGGAACUGUCAGAACGCCACCCACAAGCGAGGGAGUAUUUGGUUGAACAGAUCAAGAGCAAGAAGCUGGCUCCGUUCUACCAGUACCUCAGAGAAACGUGUGCAGGUGCAUUGGAGUGGGAUGAAUCGCUGUACGCCGAGCUCUCCAAGGAGAACGAAGCUGAGAUUUCCAAGUUGAAAGAUGCCAUCAAGGAAGUUGAAGAGAAGGAUGAAGGUCAAUUGGAAACUGCCGAGGGCUACAAGAAGUUGGGAGAGUACUAUGCGACGAUUGGAGAUAAGACCAAUGCCCUGCUCACCUUGAGAAAGGCGUUCGAAUUGACGCCAUCUACCGGUGUGAAGAUCGAUAUCUCAUUGACAAUAACAAGGGUUGGGUUCUUCUUCAACGAUAAGCAGUUUGUUGCCAAACAAUUGGACCAAACAAACUCUCUGAUCGAAAAGGGUGGUGACUGGGAACGCCGUAAUAGAUACAAGCUGUACAAGGGACUGUACUCUUUGUCUAUAAGGGACUUCGAAACCGCCUCAGCACUUCUUAUCGAUUCCCUAGCGACCUUCACCUCCACUGAAAUCACCACAUAUGAACAGUUGGGACAAUACGCAACAAUUGCAGGCGUACUUAUCCUUAACAGGGUUGACCUUAAAAGUAAGGUGAUUGAUUCGCCAGAGUUGUUAUCUUUACUACCUGUUACGCCUUCUUUAGAGCCAAUUACGUCGUUGACAAUAUCAUUAUACACUAGUGAUUACUCGUCAUAUUUCCAAUACCUGUUGCAGACAAAUGACCAGAUUCUUCUAACAUCGAGAUACUUGUCAGAGCAUGCCAAUUAUUACAUUAGAGAGAUGAGAAGAAAGGCAUAUGCGCAACUGCUGGAGUCUUACAAGGCACUCUCUCUCAAAUCCAUGGCUGAUGCAUUUGGAGUCUCAGUGGAAUUCCUCGACAACGACUUGUGUAAGUUCAUCCCAAAUAAGAAGUUGAACUGUGUCAUUGAUAGGGUCAAUGGAAUCAUUGAAACCAACAGACCUGAUAAUAAGAAUGCGCAAUACCAAUUGUUGAUCAAGCAAGGUGACGCUCUGUUGACAAAGUUACAAAAAUACGGUGCUGCAGUUAGAUUGAGUGGUACAUCUGAACGCGCAAAUUAGUUGUUACGUAUGAAUAUACAGCUUUGUCGUUCAUGGCCUUU